GGCCCGUGGCUGAGGGGACGGCGGCCGCGGUCCGGGGCCGCCCCGCCGGGCCGGCAGAAAGGGGCUCCCCGCGGACAGCCGGGCUGCUGCGAGCCGGCGGUGGCCUCUGCUGCGGCGCGAUGGACUCCGGCAGCGAGACCUACGAGCUCAACGGGCAGGCGGAGGGCGCGGAGCCGGCGGUUGCCGAGCGGCAAAGAACAUCACAGUGGUUUCAGAGGAAUGGACCCAUGAAUAUAAACCACUAUGCAAAUAAGAAGAGCGCUGCAGAAAGCAUGUUGGACAUUGCCCUGCUGAUGGCCAAUGCAUCCCAGCUGAAGGCCGUGAUGGAGCAAGGACCUUCUUUUUCCUUCUACAUCCCACUUAUUGUUCUUAUCAGCCUGUCGCUCACACUGCAAGUUAUGGUGGGAGUGCUCCUGAUAUUCCUUGUAAAAUAUGACCUUAACAACCCGGCAAAACAUGGAAAGCUGGAUUUCCUCAACAACCUUGCAACUGGACUAGUAUUCAUUAUAGUAGUUGUGAAUAUUUUUAUCACUGCCUUUGGAGUGCAGAAGCCAGUUGCUGAGCCAGCAUCAAGACAGUAAGUACCAGAGACCUGAAGCAUUCAUUCUAGAUGCCAUUUGCACUUGAGCCAGUUACACCUGGACACGGGGCAGGAAAGUGGGUGGACGGAAAUCUGAAGAAGCUGGAUGUACCGAGCAGCUUUCUCAAGUUUCCAAUAACCAACACAUUUAUGUACCUAAAAUUUUCCCCUGUGUUAAUAUUGAAACUGUUUGGCAUCUAAGGAAAGCUUGAUUUUUAACUCAAGGACAUUGUUUUUCUGGAAUAUUGGCAUUUCAAUUUCUGUAGAAACUGUUUUUCAGAGAAGUGGCAUAAGCCCGUCAAGCAAGGUAGUAUGAACUGGUGGCACUUCACAGGACUUCCUAUUUUCCGUGCCUUUUGUUUUUGUGCCCAUUUGUCAUUUCUGCCGUGGUCCAAAAUGACAGGCCUUUGGUUCAGGCAUAGUCACGUUGUCCUUUAUUUCACUCCCUUAGCACUAAACCAAAGUACCCCAUAGCACAGCAGCCGUCGUCUUUUGCAGUGUGCAAAGAUAGCUAUGCCUGGUUUUCUUUUUUUCCCACUCUAGCUAAAGCAAAGAUGAGACCAACAGGAGCAGUGGGCGAUCAUUUUUCUCAGGUUUGCUCACAGGUAACUCAUUUGUCCUGUGUCUUCAGCCCUGUACCACACUUAAAAUUACCUCUUCUUUGUGCAGAUACACAAAGAACCUAACUGCUGGUAGUUUCUUACUAUUAACUGCUAUACUCUGUAUUCUGGGCAUUAGAUAUAUUUCUGGAAACCCUGCUAGACGCGCUACCUUUUCCAGGCCCAACUGGGAAACCAGAGGAUAAAGGGUGAGCUUUAGCUGCUAAACUGGAACAGAGCGGCUGUCAGCAAUUCAAGUAGCAAAUGGAAGGAAAUUUAUCCUCUAUAACUUUUCCCUCUUCCAAAGAUUGAUUGCUGCAAUUGUGUUAUUCUUAGGAGUUUAUGGCUAAAAGCAUAACUAAUUUUUAAUUUUUAUUUUUAAAUAUAUAGAUAGAGAUAUAAAUAUCUUCUAGGUUCUUACCUGCUGGCUCAGGGACUGACACUUUUUCUAAAUACACUAUUGCUAGUAAUGGUGUAGGUUAUAAAAAUUUUGACAACAAAAUCAUUGCAGUCAUUUUAUUUCCAAAGUAUCACACGUGCAAUCGGAAAAAUCCUAGUUUUCUAGAUUGUGUUUACUUGUGGAUGCAGAUUUGUACUGAUAAUUUCCUUACUCUUAAUCAGUAAAUGCUGCCUUGCACAUAUUAAUAGAAGUUUGACUUCCAUGUGUCUCAUCUCAUUUACAGUUUUUAUCUCUUUAGUUAUGUCUCAAGGCCCAUUGAUUUACCUUAUCUUCAUUUACAUGUUCUGUAAGAACUAACAGAAAACGAAUCAGAAGCUCCUGUCAUUAGUAAGAGCAUAGACAUUCUUUUUUAUUUUUUGUCUUUUUUUGCUUCAUUUCCAACUUAACAUACAUGUAACCAGUAUCUAGCAAGCGAUGGUUUUAAUUGUGCGUGUUUUACUAAUUUAAACGUAGCUCAGAACAAGUUCCAAAUGAAAUACUCAGGACAACGUUCCUUAUUUAUUUUCUACGAACCAGCAAAUUGUUGAAGGACUAUCAUACUUGUGCUAUCACAGUUUUGAUGCUGUAGUGUAGUGAAUUGACUGGCCAGAUAGCAAGUACUGAAAACCUUGAAAAACCUUUCUUUUGGAGAAAAUAGGUGACUAUAGGCAGAGGCCUUCCAAGCAUGAAAUUUAUCUGUGGCUCAACAUUGGGCAGUAAUUUUGAGAAGAUUCUUGACUGUACCACCUUUGUAACCUUUUUACUCACUGGAAUAUUUGCCUGUCUGCGCAUCUGAUUUGGUGUGGAGAGGCUCUCUGGAGGCGGCUGCCUCUCCUCUGUACAGGAAAAUUUGUACCUAAGCUAGAUGUGUUAAAAGAGUUGCUUUGUGUUGUCCUAAAUACAUGAUCUGUCCGAAAGAUAGUUACUUUUAACUUGGGUAUUAAUAUUAGAUAUUUUUCAUUGCCAGAUUUGCACCUUUCUAGUUUUUUAAGCAAGACACAGAAAAAGGAAGAAAUGUUUCUGGCACUUAGCUAAUCCUCUCACUUUUUGACUUAUCCUUACCACCCUAAAGGCAGAUGCAAACAAACACCCAGGUUCUGCUGAUGUUUACCAUCUUUAUACUUGGUGGUGAUUUGGCCCAAUUUUGAAUGUAGCUUUCCAUUCCUGUGCUACUUACCGCCUCUCUGAUGAGCAUGGUCAUGCUUGUCUUGCACUGAAACACUUGAAAGGAGUCAGAGGGGGGUGCAGUACAGACAUACCAUGUCUUUUCCCAUUUUAUUCCUCUCUAUUGGGCCAUAAUUUUUCAGGUCACUUGAGCAAAGAAGCUGUUACAGUGGGUUUCUCCUGAAAAAUGUAAUAGCUGUUCCUAUAGCAUCUUUACUGCUAAGCUGUUGUCCAAUGGAAACUACCACGGCUUGUGUAUCCCAUCUCCCAGCGGCUUGUGGAACUAACUGGAUCCAGAGCAGCAGGGUAGGCAGUGCUCACCAGGCAACCACUUGUCAACUGUGGAUUCCAACAGACUUUGCAAAACGCGGGUUUUGGGACAUACAGGAGGGAGAGAAAAAAUACUUCAAGCCUGACCACAUUGCUGGGUGCAAGAGCUGAAUGUGGAGACCUGUGUUAAGGGGGUAGGCGUCUGUUCACGUGAAGUCUGCCAGAGCCUGGCUCCGAACAACAACAAAAUACCACCAUGAAUCCUGCCGGGUCCUGAGCUCCUGGAAGUGUGGCUGAAGCAUCGUCACAGGGGUACCUGCAACUUCAGAGAGCCUGGUCUCUUCUUUCGGUUCUGAACACAAGAAAACCUGAUCUGGAACUGACUACAAGACUGUACUGGGCAUCAGCAGUAUUUGACUUGCAACUGGAUGUCUUUUUUUUAAAUAAAAAGGAUACUGGUUUAUAA